AUGGCCAACGAGAAAACACAAAGACCGUACAGGUGCGUUUUUUUUUUCUCUUCUUUUUUUUAAAGAAAACGCCGGAUCAUGUUCGUUGCUUUGUCCUGAAGUCGACUUAUUAGAAUCUUAUGAAACCGUCGUUGACGUUGGAUAAAUCAUUCGUGAAAAUCGUGUGUAAUUGGAGGAGAAAGCCAUGAUGAAUUUUGUGUUAGGAGAAUUGGAGAUGAAAAGAGGAAUGGAAUAUCAAAUGUAGUGAAAUAUCUCUUGUUGCAAUACAAAAUUACAGAAUAUUUCGUGUAAAAUGUAUUCGUGAGAAGUUUCCAGAAUUUGUUGGGAAACUUUCAAGAGCAACUGGCAUCGACGAAUUCACUGUUCGUAACAUUUCUAAUAUACAUUUUAUGAACCCAUACGCAAUUCGACCAAUAUUUUUAGUAUGGAAAAAAAAAUGUUUCCUCGCGUAAUUGUAACAAGUUUGAUUACGAAGAGGCGAAAUUUUGCAUCACAGAUUGCAUCCUUCGAUCAUCCUUGUAACUUGUCGAUUUACAAAUAUUAUUGAUUAGUAAAUCAGUGUAAUAAAAAGUUGCAUUGUCAAUGAAAUCUGAAAAUGUAAAAAGAUUCUAUAAACGUUGGGAUACGUCAGCAAUUGUAGAUUAAAUAAUUUCGUUAAUCACGAAUGUUGAUUGUAGAUUACGAUUAAGGUUCUAAAUGGCGUGAUUGAGAAUCGCGAGUCAGAUUAUGGCUGAUUUAUUGACCUCGAUUAGAUAUUAUUGUUGCCAAAACAAGUCGUUUAUUGAACAAUCAAUUACGUUUAGUUGCGCGGAUCAAAAGCAUACAACUUUCAAAUGCGGUCUAUUCGUAAAGAUCCAUUUUUCCAGAAUUCUAAUUUCACCUUUAAUUUCGUUGCAAUUUUAUCGUGACUUCAAUUUUAAUUUUUAUCGUGAUCUCGAUUUUAAUUUUCACUCUCAACUGUAUUUCGUUUAUUUAUUCCCAUCUCAAUUUAUCUCAGUCUAAUUUCAAUUUCAUUCUAACUUUUACUUUAAUUUUAAUUCAAUUCCAAAACUUUACUUUCAAUGUGAUUCGUUUUAAUUUUAGUUAAUUCAAAAAAAAAAAAAAAAAAAAAUUGCCUCCUUUAUACAUCUUUGUAGGCGACUCAAGUUUGUAUUAUUUUCUUAUUAGUCACUCUAUAUAUAUUUAUGUAAUUUAUUAUUUCAAGAACAACGUUACCAGUCCCAGGCCACUCGGAAGUGAACCUAUGCUCGGUAUUAACGCUGGGUAAAGAUCUAAGCAAAAUCACUAUGCCGGUCAUAUUCAACGAACCGCUAUCCUUUCUUCAGCGUGUCGCCGAGUACAUGGAAUACGCCAAACUACUUAAGCAAGCGGCCCAAGAAGAAACUCCGAUCGGAAGGUUACAGUACGUCGCUGCAUUCGCUGUGAGUGCUUUGGCUUCGAACUGGGAGAGACUUGGCAAACCCUUCAACCCGAUACUCGGCGAAACGUACGAAUUGGAGCGUGAGGACUUCCGAAUAGUGUGCGAGCAAGUGUCGCAUCAUCCACCGGUGUCUGCGUUCCACGCAGACAACGACGAGUUCAUAUUCCACGGCACUAUACACCCGAAAUUGAAAUUCUGGGGCACAUCCGUAGAAAUACAUCCGAAGGGUAUUGUCACCGUCGAACUUCCAAAAUGGAAAGAAGCGUACUCAUGGCAGAACAUCAACUGCAUACUGCACAACGUGCUGGUCGGCCAACUGUGGAUGGAGCAGCUUGGCUCCCUCGAGAUCAAGCAGAAUGGUGGAGCGAAUUUGAAAGCGACUCUUUCUUUCAAAAGCGCCAGCUGCAACGGGAAGGACCUUCAUCGAGUCGAAGGCUUCAUAACGGAUCACGAAAAAAGGAAACUGCUGUUCCUUUAUGGGAAAUGGACGGAUAGGAUGAAAGUGUGCGAUCCUGUGUUGUACGAGGAAGCGCUGGAGAAGGUGAAACGCGAGGCAAAGAGUCCUCAGGGUAGCCCCGGCCACAAGAAGGUCCUCGCGAAGUUGCACAGUCUGAAAGUUGGAGCUUUCAAACCAUCUCAUCAGGACGCAAUUGACGAUCCAUCAGCAAGCAUAGACGCAGACGACACUCCAACAGUCGAUGACAUUCCUGGAUCGAUUACUCUCUGGGAAGCUUCACCAAGGCCAACUAACAGCGCAGAAUAUUACCAGUUCACGACGUUCGCCAUGUCGUUAAACGAACUGACACCGGAAAUGGAAAAAGUUCUAUGCCCGACGGACUCGAGACUGAGGCCGGAUAUUAAGAAAUUGGAGAACGGCGAUCAAGAUGGCGCCGCGGCUGAAAAGACGAGGCUCGAAGAGAAGCAAAGAGAGACGCGCAAAGCGCGAAAGCACAAGAAGGGAGAAGAAUGGACGCCCAGGUGGUUCCAAUUAGGUAUGAAUCCGUACACGAACCAAAUGGACUGGUUAUACCACGGUGGCUACUGGGAUCGUAAUUAUGGCAACAUGGAAGAUAUCUUUUAAUAAAUGUGAAAACUGAUCAUUCGAGAGGGAUAAUCGAUUACGUGGCAAAAGAUGAGGGAAUUCACUCGCAUGUCCUGAAUAAUCAAAGUGAUUGCUCUUCGAUUCGAAAUUUUGCGUCGUUGGUCGAUUUGCUACGUUCAAUCAAUGCAAAGAAAGGAAGCCUCGUCGCUUGUGUCGACGUUGAUUUGCGUAUACAGUCUUGGAUUAAAUUAUCAGAUUUUGUGGAAAAUUAUUAUAAUUUGUUUGAAAUCUUCAAUUAGUAAAACUGAACCUCGGAAGUUAUAAUAAUUCAGAAUUCUGGAAUUUCUGAUUCGAAUAUAUUGCAACAAUUCUUUAGAAAUUAUUCUAUCAUUGCAAACAUUCGUAACACUUAACGUAUAGUUUCAAUGGCAGUGAUUUAUUGCAAAUAACAUUUUGAGCAAUCGAUUUUCAAUUUUCUAUCUAACAUAAAUCACGGCGCAUUUCUAACUAAAUGGUACCAUUUAAGAAUCAAAUCGAUAUUUCGUGCGAUAAAGUGAAGAUUCAUGUACUUGGCAACCUUGAAAAAAAAUGUAUGCAGCUUGAAAUUCACAAUCUACGCCAAAUUUAUAUCAAAAAUGGAAAAUAACCGUGAGAAAUUUUAAACGAGAAUGUAUAUGCGAGCCAAUGGCACAAAUAUAAGCAUAACGCGUGUCACACCUGUGAAAACACUCUCUUCGAGCACGAGGAGGACGAAAAGCACAGAAGCUUUUAAGAAUAAAGAGCAGCUUUUUUUCUCCUGACAUAGGAGUAUUAUUGUGUUCCAUUGAAGCGACGCCAGUCAUUGUACGAUCGAUCAACGAAAAUGGAACCACGCGAGACUCCAGGACAAAUACAUGCUUUCGUUGA